CUAAAACUAUGUGAAGAAUGGCCUGUGGACGAGACUAGGAAAGGACGGGACCUUGGAGCCUUCCUGAGGCAGCGGGUGACUCAGGCAUUCCGGGAAGGAGAGACUACACAGAUUCAAGAUCCAGAAGUAUGUGACCAAAUGUAUGAGAGCCUGAACAGGAUAAACAGCAAUUAUUAUAAAGAAAAGGUAUCACACUAUUUGGCCUCCUUUUGUUCUUUGGGCUCCGGUGGGAGCCAUUUACAUCUGCAGAGCGGCCUUUUUCAUGUGUGGCAAUACUAUCAAGUGGCGAGGGGCUCUUGA